AUGUUAACCGAAGGCCAGAAAGGCGAUGCAAAAGAAUGUUCUUCACCAUUCAAGGGCAUUUCAUUAGCUCUUGAUCCUAACCUAAUUAACUUAGUGCCAAGUGGUGCGACAACCGUACCUGAAUCAGAAAAUGAGCUCGAUAAACAAGAAGAAGUUGAGGUCGCAAAUGCGCCCAGCCAAUCAUUGAUUAACAAUCCAUAUGAAAUGUUUGAAAAAAUGCCCUUAAGUCGACUUAUUCCUAUUAUUUUAAGAAACAGGGGCCCCAAUUUCAAGUUUGCAGAUCUCACAGAGGAUGCGCUGUUGAAAGAAAUCAGCGGGGAAAACAAUGAACAAACUAUUGAAAAAGAUGCAGAUGGUGACUACAAAAUGGGCUCAGAAUCCAUUGAUGAGCUAAAAGGAAGAGAAGAAUCUUUGCAACCACUUCGGGUUGACGAGAACUCUUUGACAGAUGAGAGUGAAUCGGUGUCUCAAGAUCAGUUUCAGCAGCUCAAGAAGAACGUCAUUCAAUCAAUCAACAUGGCGUUGAAUGAAUCCUCACUUUCAUUGGAAUUUGUUUCGUUACUUCUUUCUUCUGUUCGACCAGCGGCUGCUACUGCAUCGAUGUCACCAUAUCUGAAGAAAACAGUCCCAGCAGCGUCACUGAAUGCCGAAAAAAUCCCCCUGAAACGGUCUACGAGGUCGGAAGUAAUAUCAAGUAGAAUCACGCACAAAGGGUGGAAGCUAAGAAGCCUCGAGGAGUCCCGGUUGUUAUUGAAGGAAACGUAUCACAGUUUAGAAAGAAGCAUCGAGAAAGAGCACGACUACUGGUCCAAAAUUUGCCAGUAUAUUUCAAACAAGGAUGUGGUCUUCAAAAUGAAGGACAGAGAUACUGGAGAAAGGUCGCUGGGAAUAAAAUAUGGAUAUGAAGAUUCUGGUUCCACCUAUAAACAAGAUAGAGGAAUUGCAAUUCUGAGGCAUGAUUCGAAGAUGAACAAAUUAGAGCUCGUUCCUUUCGAAAAAAGUCAAUCAGCUGUUCAUAUCAAUAAGAGAAAUAAUGAAAAAUUUCUCAGAGUUCGAAUUUUCACAAAAAUUGAAGAAGAGGAUGACUAUAUUCUAACAGGAGAAUCAUGUCUAGAUAGUGUUCUAGCAACUUCUGAAGAUUCUACCCAAGAGGUGGACAUACGACACCAAAUUUCUAAACUCAAGUUUUUUAUUUUCGAUCAAGAACUAAUGUAUCAGCUAAAGAGAGAAAGUGAAACUCUAAUUUCAUAUGGGGUCAGUAUUGAGAACGAAAACAAAAUAGUCGCAGAAUUCCCUUCUGAAAAGAUUGAAAUAGAAAUGUUGCAAUUAGAUGAUGACAUUAUUAUGAAUCAUCAACAAGAUGCCCCAAAGACGAAUGAUAAGAAAGCAAAUCUCAUCCUCACCAUGCUCAGGUUAUUGCUGGUUAUUAUGUACAAGAAACAAAUGAGACAAAGACUUCUAUCACCUCCUAGUUCAAAACGAACACAUAGCAAGAGCUCGAAAACUAGAAGUUCCUCAAAGGAUGCGUCUGAUACUAGUAUUUUAUUACUAAGGCCAAUUAUGGGGAAAAUCAGACAUCAAAGUUAUCUUGAUCUUCUGAAAAAACUAACCAAAGAUUUCAUUCUAGAUGCUGUCAAAGACUCAAAGCUGACUGUCAUCUCAGGAAAUGAAAGAUCAAACUCAGACAUUUCGAAUACAGAUUCUGAUAUUCAUAUUACAAAAUUGAACAAGGAAAUAGGGAUGUUUGACGAAAUUUUAAGAAUGCCACGGUCAGAGAUAUCGGUCGAUUUAAAUGAAAAGGGAAAAAUCAAAUUGGUUUUAGAAAGCUCCAAUUUUUGUAAUGCGGUGAUCAAAGUUACAUACGUAAAUGGCACUGCAAAAGCAUUAUUUGAUACAAAGUUCUCUGAUUUCAAAGAACUAGAGGAGUUUUUGCAUUUUAUAAUAAAUGAAUAUGUUGUAUAA